AUGAUCAUGAAUCAUAAGCGCAUAAUACGAGGAUCAUCACAUUCAUUGGCGCUGCCACUUCUGUUGGCAUUAUUGUCAUCCCAUUGGAUGCAAACUGCCAACGCCAUGGAAUCGUUUCAAACAUUUGAAUCCAUGCUAUAUGCCAAGGCAUUUCACAUCACAAUCUGUCUGCAGGAUGCCUCAUCGUCUACAUCUCAGCAGCUUCCUGAUUGGUUGGUGGAGAAACCUACCAUCAUCAAGAGCGAAAGCAACGACAAAGACAAGCCAGAAGAAGAAUAUUACGUCGCCAUGUUUACUGAAAUCAUCUUCAGUGCGGGAGACACCGAACUAUCGGAGCUAUGCCAAGCCUAUCUUGUUGAAAAUGAAGAAGAAGGUACUGGGAAUAUUGCCAAGUUCCUUCCUCAGGCCAAACGGAUUCAGUCGAGUCGCUGUGUGGGACUUCCUCUGGCUGGCUACGAUGAUGCGACCCAUACCAUAUCAAGAGAACUAAACUCAGAGGGUCGGGCUGUCUAUCGAUCCGAGUUGAAUGGCCGCUUCCUAUACGCCGAGAAGCCAAUGAAGGGACUUCCUAUUGAUUUGGCCUCGACAGCCACCAUUGAAUCCUUUGACACCUUUCACACUCACCAUUCUUUAUUUCGAAACGAGACGAAAGCUGAGGAUGCACCAGUCAGUGCUGCAAAUGCCGACAAUUCUACAAAUAGUACCAAUGGCGACAGAGCAACAGGAGCCACGAAUUGGACGUUGAAUGAAGGACAUCCAUACUAUGGCUACUUGAUGCGUAUCGAUUUUCCUCAUCCUACUGAUAUCAAUGUCUAUCCAGUCCAAGUCAGUCUUGGAGACAUCUUCCAAGAGAAAGUCAACCCCCAUUUGGAUGCUAGCAAGCUCGACUUUUGUUUCUCAAUUGAGACUUCCUUUGAAACUCCAAAGGGAGGCCUCUUGAGCGCCAUCUAUAAUGAAGACAUGACUCCCCAAGAGUUGUACUCAUCUUUGACCGAGGAUGAUAUAUUGAAAAGUUUGAAUUUGGACGAAUCUGGUUUUCACAAGAUCAACCUAGAGGAAGAAGUCUACGACAUCAUGAAAAAGUAUGUCAACCCAUUUGGAGCUGCUGGAUUCGAGUUGCCCUUCAUGUCCAGGUUUCGAUACGCAACAGCAAUUCUGGAUAUCCUCUACAUUUUCUUUGCAAUGGCCCAGAGGAAAAUGAGCGGGCAGUACCCAUCCAAAAGAUUCGAUAGCUUUCGAAUGGUCAUGAUAACUCAUGUUAUCACUGGAAUGUUGGUGAUCUACAUUGGCACGUUUUUUCAUAUUGAAAAUGAAAUCAAGGCUGUUUCGGUAGGAGAAGACCGAGCGAUGUAUCGACAGAUUCUAUACUACAUAAUGGGAGCAGCAGGCAUUGGACACACUCUCACCGUCACAAUGGCACUAUCUAAAGUCAUGGGCGAAAGGAGAAUUACUAUUCCACUCUAUUCCAUUGCCGCUUUGAUCAACAUCACAAACGGCAUCAAGUUGGUAUUGGAUCCCAAUCUCCAAAAAUGCUUUCUUCUUUGGGGAUCGAUGAAUGUUUUCGUCUACGUGAGAGCGGUGUGCACCAUCCUCUGCUUCGCGUAUGUUGAUUGGGAGUUGGUAUACACAUUUGGAAUCACCAUGGCAGCCUUUAUUGCUAUUCCUCUCUCGAAUCAGGACCCACUCUGGUUCAUUUCACUAGCUGGCAUUUUCGUGUACGCUCCCUUUCAUGACACCAUUUGCGAGAAGAUCGGAUGGGCUGUGGAAGACCAUAUGAACGGAAAUAAGCCCACCAGGAAGAAUGUGACUUCGACAGCUCGGAAGCUUCGAACAAAGUACAUCGAUGAGGAUUUUGAAAAGAAAAUUCAAAGUGCCAAACGUCAGAGUGUCUUUGGAAAAGCUAUGAGCAAUAUGACGCGUUUCAAAUCGUUUCGCUUUUCCAAAAAGGCGACUAGAAUGUCAACCAUGGCCGAGACACCCGAGACCCCCGAGAAACUAUCAGCGCAUUUGGAAAAGAAUGGAGAUGCUUCGAUGACGGAAGGGACCGACCACUAUGAUCAUAUAGAACGACUUUCGGUGCCGAGAAGAACACCAGCCAAUGACGAUUUCUACCCAGCGCAGAUGAUUGAUUCUCCAGAGAAAGUGGAAGGGGAGCUUGAAUUUAGUCUCGACAAUUGUCAACCAAACACAGUGACAUUUGCUGGUGGAGCUAGAUUGAUGACUGUGGCAUCAGGAGACGCGGAAGAGGAGUUGGAUGACGACGACGAUGAUGAUGAUGACGAUAGAAACUCAGGAGAAGAUGAUGGAGAAGUUCCUGGAGGCAUGGAAGAGGAGCCCGGCCGGCUAGGAGCUAUUGUUGUUGAGCAACAGCCGAAACGAAGGGUAUACCGGCAAAGCAUUCGGAAAACAAUAACAAUGUUCUAA